ACUAGGAAGGUGGAAGGCAUCAUGAAUUCUGGUAAAAUUGUUCUCUACAUAAUCCUUAUCAGUUUAAUUGCUGUAUCCAUUGCCUCCUCUGCUCGCAAAAAUGGAAAGACGAAUAAGGAGAACAAGAGAAAGUUACGCUAUAUGUUGAAUCAUUAUCUGGAUAUGAUGGAUGAUGAAGAUAAAAGGGAGAGAGGAAGUGAUUCUAGUAGUGAAGAGGACUGUGGGUCAAGUAGUGAAGAGGAUUGCAAGAAACCUCCAAUUAAAAUACCAGUUCCUCCUGUUAUCAGUAGAGAUCGUUUCGUAGGAGAUAUUCUCUGUUCAUUUUGUUUUCAAAUACAAGAUGCAGUAUCCCGGCAGAAUUGCAUAGAUUCAAAUUGUAGUUGAAAGUCUUCAAGAGCCAUUGAGGAUUUUAUUUUAUGUAUGAUUUUAUUAAUAAUGUACAUGAAAAAAAUAUAUAUUAUUAUAUAUAUUGUAUGAUGUUGACAAUCAAAUUAUUUAGAAAAUCAUUAAAAAUGAAAA